AACCUCAGGCUGUCCGCUCUUCCCCCCAGUGGUCGCACCAUGUUCACUCAAAUUCCUGCCUAAUAAUUUCAUCAAAAUCAUAUGCCCACGGCUACAUCGACGACAUCGAAUAAUAUGCAACAGCAGCAGCAACAACAAGCAAACAUCGAUCAACAUUAAUAUCAGCAACAAAAAUGACAUCACCGCCACACCAGCCGCAACAACAGCAACAUCUGCGCAGCAGCACAAUUACAGCCAUCAUUAUGCCGCAUUGCAACAGCAACAACAACACCACACACAGCAUACUAUAGCGAACAGCAGCAACAGCAACAACAACAGCUGCACAAUCACGCAAAUGAGCGGCGGCAGCACAUGCCGCACAUCACACACACACUGUCGCACACCAGCACCAGCGGCAUGCACCGAACACCACUACCACCAUCAGCAGCAACAGCAACAACAAAAACAGCAACAACAAUCAAAAAAUGCCAAUCAGCAACAAUUUCAGCAACAUUACGGCAUGAUGAAUGGCAUUGGUAAUCAAAUGGUAAACGGUGUUAGUGGUGGCGCCGUUGGCGUUGGUGGCAGCAAGACAGCGCAACAAAAUGCCACAAUGCCGGCCAACAGCCAUCAGCAGCAGCAUUACGUUGGCAAUGCUGGCGAUAUGAACGGCAGUGCCUACCACCAAUAUAUGCAGUCCAAGUGGCGCCAUGAUGAAUGGCGGUGGCGUUUUGUGGCAGUGGUGUGCCGCAUCCGAACGGCAUCAACGUCGAUUAUCACACACAUGCACAUGCCACCGGUGUUGCUGGGCCAGCAGAAUGGUGCCGCCAGUAAUAAUAGUAGCUUCUUACUGGGCAAUAACAACAAUUGCAAUAACAACGGCAUGCGCGGCAAUGCGUUGCGCGAUGCGAGCACAGGCAGCGGUGGCCAUAUGUUGGGCGGCGCUGGUGUUGGUAUUGGUGUUAGUGUUGGCGUUGGUGGUGUGGGUGUUUCAACUAGCGCAGGCAGCGGCGUUGUUAGCGGCGCUGCAACAUUGCCAUACAAGAAUAAUGGUUUGAAUAAACAAUUACCGUUACAACGGACGCACCAAUAUGGGAACAGGUAUACCUAUCAACCAAACAAUUCAAUAGCCAAGAGCAAGUGUCUACAUAAUUGCAUUUCAUUCUCACAAGUUGUUUUGAAGCCUUAG